CAUAAUUUGCUUCUUUUGGUUCCUUUGUUUCUAUUUUCUUUUGUUCACAAUGGCCUUCUCGCAACUGUCACUCGCUUUCUUAUUUGCAACCUUUCUUCUCAUGCAAACUCUUGGUGAUGCAGAAACAUGCAGCGACUGUUUCACUCACUCUCGAGCAACUUAUUACCCAAAUUCUGAUGAACAAGGAACAGAAACUGGAGCAUGUGGUUUUGGUACAUUUGGAGCAACAAUCAAUGGAGGGGAUGUAUCAGCUGCAUCUGAACUCUAUCGCAGUGGUGUAGGCUGUGGUGCCUGCUACCAGGUGAGGUGUACCAACAGUAACUAUUGCUCAGACACAGGCGUCACUGCAGUUAUAACUGAUCAGGGUAGCAGCGAUGGAACUGACUUUAUCCUGAGCAGACACGCUUUUAGCCGGAUGGCUCAGACUAACGAUACAGCCACAUCUCUACUAGCCCUUGGUGUUGUUGAUAUUGAAUACAGACGGGUGCCAUGCAGCUACCCAGGCAAAAAUAUAACUUUCAAGAUUGAUGAGAAUAGCAACUACCCUCAUUACUUGGCCUUUGUCAUAUGGUAUCAACAAGGGAAAAAGGAUAUCACUGCUGUUCAGCUAUGCGAGACACAAAAUUUCUCGUGCAAGCUACUGGAUAGGAGUUAUGGAGCAGUAUGGACAACUAACUCGGCCCCAAGUGGACCCUUGUCGAUAAGGAUGCUAUUCAGCGAUGAUGAUGAUGAGACAUGGGUUGUUCCCGUUAAUAAUGUGCCUGAAAAUUGGCAACCUGGAAAUAUAUAUGACUCAGGAGUACAAGUGAACUAAUAAUCAAACACAUAGGAUUCUGAUAUUCACUACAUUCUACAACUGGAAAAAGAAAUUUGGCUUCUUUUCAUAUUUUGUUCCUUUCGGGCUCUUCAUUCAAUUCACUGUACGGUUCAUAAAUGACAUAUGUAAGAAAUGUCCUAAUAAAUAUUUGAAUUUCCUUUUUAA